AACACACCGAAAGCACAAAAACAUCUCGCUCUCUCUCUCCCCUAUUUCAAAAUCCACCACACACACUCACACCCCUCCCCUCUAUUUUAUAAAAAAGACAACCUUGAAAUCCACUCUGCUAAAAAACUCAACCCUCUCUCUCUCUCUCCCUCCUCAAUCCCCAACAACCACAAAAGAAGAACAAGAAACAAAGAAAGAAAACGAAGAAACAAAACAAGGGUCUAAUGGGGUUUCUCCUCUCCUCCCCAUAAUGACUCCACAAAACUCAACCCUCUUCUUCCAAGAAGAAGAAGAAGAAAAUGGCCUUGCACCCAAAUAAAUACCCCACCCACCGCCACACAAACUCUUUGUUCUUCCUCUACUGCACAGAGGAACAGAGAUUGGCCAACCAAGAACAAGAACAAGAACAAGAACCAGAGGCAGAGGAUCCCAUUUUUGACGACAAUGGCGCAAACGGUUUCUCCAGCUGCUCCUCCAUUUUGGAACAACCGACCCAUUUGGCUGUUUGUGAAGAUGAGGAGCUCAGGGGCUUGUUCUCCAAAGAACGGGAUCAGCAUCUCCAAAACGCCAGCGUUUUGGAGAACGCUGCUCUGUCUCUCGCUAGAACAGAGGCCGUCGAGUGGGUUCUCAAAGUUAAUGCCUUUUACGGCUUCUCCUCUCUCACUGCUCUCUUCGCCAUUAAUUACCUCGACAGAAUCCUCUCUGGCCCCCAUUUUCAGCGAGACAAGCCAUGGAUGGUUCAGCUUCUGGCCGUAACUUGCAUCUCUCUGGCUGCUAAAGUCGAAGAAAUUCGAGUUCCUCUGCUUCUAGACCUCCAGGUGGAGGAUUCGAAGUACAUUUUCGAAGCGAAAACGAUUCAGAGAAUGGAGCUUUUGGUGCUGAGUGCUCUGCAAUGGAGGAUGCACCCAGUGACCCCUGUYUCGUUUCUUGGGCUCUUCACGAGACACCUCGGGCUGAAGAAUCGGUUCAUUGAGAGCGAGUUUUUCAGGCGCUGUGAGCGCAUUCUCCUCUCGCUCGUCUCUGAUUCGAGAUCGGUGGGGUUUCUUCCUUCUGUGAUGGCUGUGUCGACGAUGGUGAGCGUUGCUGAAGAAAUGGGAGACUGUAACCCAUUGGACUUUCAGGAUCGGCUUCUUAAUGGCCUCAAAAUAACCAAGGGAAGAGUGAAGGAUUGUUGCAAUGUGAUAAUGGAGGUGUCAAAACGGGCAGCGAAAGCAGAGAAACGCAGAUCAUGGAAGAGGAAGCAAAUGGCCAAGGAGGAAGAAACCAGAUCAGAAGCAGAAUCAGAAGCAGAAGCAGAAGCAGGGAGCCCCAAUGGGGUAAUGGAGGCCAAUUUCAGCUGUGAAAGCUCCAACGAUUCGUGGGGCGUGGGGACGGCCCUGUCAUCACCCACCCAUUGUUCUUCCAAAAGAACCAGAAUCACCCACCCUUGAUUCUCUCUCUCGAAAACUCGAAUUUGUUAUGUGUUUUUUUUUUUCUUGGUUGGAAAAAAAUGGCACAAGAACAAAGAGACAGCAGCAACAACCAUAUGGGCACAUUACAAACUCAACUUUAUGGUCAUAAUGAUGAUGAGAGAGAGGUUUUCUUUGUAUUAUAUGGAAUUCAUCAGUCUUCGCUAUUUGCACCAUACUCCAUUUCGAACAUAUUUUCCWUUUCCAUCAA